AUGGCAGACUUGGUCUUUGGUGGGACUGACGAGGAGAAUGAAGAGUUGAAGAAGCUCCAUGCUGAAGUGCUCGAGGAUACCGAUAGCUUUGAAGCAUGGGAAAAACUGGUGCGCGCGGCUGAGAGCCAGGAAGGUGGAAUCAAUCGUAAUUCAAGCCCGCAAGCCAUAACAGCUACAAGAACUGUAUACGAUCGGUUUCUUGCCAAAUUUCCUCUUUUAUUCGGGUACUGGAAGAAAUAUGCGGACCUAGAAUUCUCUAUUGCCGGUACUGAGGCCGCCGAGAUGGUUUACGAGCGUGGAGUUGCUAGCAUUACAAACUCAGUCGAUCUUUGGACAAACUACUGCACAUUCAAGGUUGAAACGUCGCACGACACUGAUAUUAUUCGAGAGCUCUUUGAGAGAGGUGCCAGCUGUGUUGGUCUUGAUUUCUUGUCACAUCUAUUCUGGGACAAGUACAUUGAGUUUGAGGAGCGUGUAGAAUGUUUUGACAAGCGAUUUGCAGUGCUCAGCAAAAUUAUCCAGAUACCAAUGCACCAGUACGCUAGGUAUUUCGAACGAUACCGACAGUAUGCUCAAGAGAGACCCUUGCAUGAGCUCCUUCCGCCUGAGACUCUAGCUCAGUUCCGAGCUGAGAUAGAAAAUGCGGCGGGUAAUGUACCCCCUGGUUCAAGGAGUGAGGCUGAGGUUGAGAGAGACAUCCGGCUCCGAGCUGAUGGUCAUUUCCUGGAGAUAUUCUCCCGCACUCAAACGGAAACUACAAAACGGUGGACUUACGAAUCCGAAAUUAAACGACCUUACUUCCAUGUUACUGAACUAGACGAAGGUCAGUUAUCAAACUGGAGAAGAUAUCUAGAUUUUGAGGAAGCAGAGGGUUCUUUCGCCCGCGCCCAGUUUCUCUACGAAAGAUGUCUUGUGACGUGUGCCCAUUAUGAUGAAUUCUGGAUGCGUUACGCAGCAUGGAUGUCCGGCCAAGAAGGAAAGGAGGAGGAAGUUAGAAUUAUCUAUCAAAAGGCCAGUUCCCUCUAUGUUCCCAUAUCUCGCCCAGCUAUUCGACUCCACUACGCCUACUUUGAAGAAAUGGCUUCAAGAGUUGAUAUUGCUAAGGAUAUCCACAAUGCUGUCCUCCUUGCUAUGCCGGGGCACAUUGAAACCAUAAUAUCUUUUGCGAACUUAUCACGUCGCCAUGGUGGCUUAGAUGCGGCCAUUGAGAUUUACAAAACUCAACUUGAUUCUGCAGAAUGUGAUAUUCAGACCAAAGCAGCUCUUGUGGCUGAAUGGGCCAAACUUCUUUGGAGAGUCAAGGGUACCCCUGAUGAAGCCCGGCAGGUCUUCCAAAAGAAUCAACAUUGGUAUCCGGACAGCCGUCCUUUCUGGACAAGCUAUCUUAUGUUCGAGCUAGAACAGCCAACUAGUGCCGAAGUUGAGCCUGCACAAUAUGAACGUAUCAAGCAGGUUAUCGAUGAUAUUCGCAACAAAAGCACAUUGCCUGCCGAGGCAGCCAAGGAACUUCUUCAGCUUUACAUGGUUUACUUGUUGGAGCGAGGGUCCAGUGAAGCUGCCAAAGAGUACAUGAUUCUUAACCGUGAAGUGAACGGGCCGCCAUCGGUUCAGUCAGUUAUGAAGUCAUCGCUUUCAAAGGAGACGCAGGACAAACUGGUGAUUGAACAAAGUCCUAAUUCUAUGUUCAGACCUGAUGUUCCCGCCCCAGCUCCAACAGUCUAA